AUGGCUUCUUCCGUUGUCAACACCCUCACUGGUGCUGCCAAAACCCAUAUCGUCCCUGCAGGUCGCGGCUUUGCCUUCGCCGUCAAGGCUGGGUGCCGGCUUCGCAUUAUCGACCUCCACGGAGAGCAGGUCGUUGAUAUGAUGGCCUGGCGUGCCACUUACUCGUCCGACACCUCAUGUGAGCAUUUCUCUACAUCUUAUACAAGAUGGUUCUUGGGCAGCCAAGCACCUCCUGCUGUCGACCAGUUCCUCUACUCGAACCAUGCCAGAAAGAUGUUCAAGGUUGUUGAGGACAGGGUCAAAGUCCACGCUAUGCAAUACAUGGCUUGCAAUCCAGGACUUUACGCAGUUAUCGGCAAGCCUGAGCACAGAAGUUGCGCUGGAAACUUUGCCGAGGCUAUGACAACCUACCUGCACGAGAACGUGGAUCCGCAGGUAAAAUUUGAGUGGUACCAGGUUCACGAUCCUUUCAACACGUUUCGAAACACCCCCUACUACAUCAUGAAGGGCUGGAUGGACUCGAGCAAGGCAGGAGGCUUUAUCGAAUUUGAAGCACUCAUGGACUCGGUUAUCGCAGUCAGCUGUUGUUCGUAUGAGGAGGGUGGUUUCAAUGGGGGGAUAUCUACUGAUGUUGCCGUUAGCUGGCAAGAGUCGGCAUAA